AUGAGCUCAUUGAUGGUCAGUGUUGGCACAGAGGGCUUGUGGGCAGUGCAGCAGAUGGAUGCAGUUUUUACUCAAAAUAUUCAACAGUUUCAACGAUUUUUUGGAGUCGACAAAAUGUACCGGUCCACUAAAGGAGCAUCAAAGGCUCGGAGGGAUCAAAUCAACGCAGAAAUUCGCAUCUUGAAAGAUCUUCUGCCCAUCUCCGAUGCCGACAAAGCUCGUCUUUCCUAUCUUCACAUCAUGUCCCUAGCCUGCAUUUACAUAAGAAAGUCCGUCUUUUUCUCUCAAGUGGCAGCAGGUCAUGAUGUGAGCGGAAGCGUCCUGUCUUUGCCAGAACUCUCGGAUCUGCUGCACACACUGCCAGGGUUUCUCCUAGUGCUGACGAGUGAAGGAAAACUCCUGUAUCUAUCGGACAAUGUCGCAGAGCACCUUGGCCAUUCCAUGGUUGAUGUGGUUGUUGUGGGUGAGAGUGUGUGUGUUUUUGUUGUAAUAGCUGACCACUUCAUCAUGAGGGGCAACCUUGUGCCAACCACCACACCUGACACAGACCGUCUCUUUCGCUGCCGCUUCAGCACUUCAAAGUUUGUAAGGAGACAGGGAUCAGGCAACAAACUGACAUUGGUUCGGGCAUGCUGUCUGCCACCUCCAUACCACACAUCCUCCUACUGGACCUCCAAUCCAGUGUGGGUGUGUUUUUGCACCCCGCUGGAGUCCAGUGUCCCUCAUGUUUCGUCAGCUAGGAAUCCUCUUCCCACCCCUCCUGCGGAGCAGUCUUUCCUCCUGACCUGUUUCCAGUCUCAACACAGCCGGGACAUGAGAAUCCAUGCUGCUCAGGACAGUGCAUGCAUGUACCUUGGCUAUGACACAGAGACUCUGCGCUCUCGCUCAUGGUACAGUCUGAUUCAUCCUCGUGAUCUGUCUCACGCCUCUGCACAACACUGCGCCCUAUUGCAUGAAGGUGGGGAGAGGCAGGUGGAGAUGGUGGUCCAGGUAGAGGCAGCAGAUCAUUCAUGGGUCUGGCUUUACAUUGUUCUUCAUCUGGAGACUGGAGAAUAUCCCAUCAACAGCCACAACUAUGUUAUAAGUGAGUCUGAAGCCUGGUCGGUGCGUCAGCAGUUGUAUUCAGAGCAGAACCAGCUGGCUCUCCUGUACCAGGAGGCACGCCAGAGCUCUGACCCCCUGUCCAGCCCGGACCAGGUCUUCACACCCAGCAGUGGUGGCCUGUCCUCCCAGUCCUUUGACUUCAGCUUCACCACUUCUGGCCGGAGCUCCUCGGAAGAGCUCCCUAGUACCUCUGGCCCAAGCAGCAUGGCGCUCGACCCCCUUCAGGGCUUUUCUCAGGACGAAGACAGCCUUCCACAACUGCAUGGCAGUCACCAGAUGUGGAGAUCAGCCAUGACUGUUUCCCCUGAACAUCUAAGCAACAUCUUGAGUCUUUCUGCAGUUCCCCAAACCCAUGUCGCCCGUCCGCCCCUUCAUCCGUUCAAACCUCCUCCUAAGCGCCAAGGGUAGGUUGAUUUGAUUUGCUCUUUCAUUCCAAGACUCGGAGGGGGGAGUUUCAUGUUUGGCGAUGAGACCUUUAAAUCAGACCAUAGCAAUGUAGUAAAAUUGAGGCAGUCUAUAACUUCAGCGUCCCUUCCUGAAAGCAUCAGCACCACUCAACACUGCCGCAAACGUCUGUAUGAAACGCUACCACCUACUCCAGACAGCCCUGGCAGUGAUGAAUGCAUUCUCAUGGCGCUGCCGGAGAUCAGAGGACCUCUGUAUGUAGACGUCCCUCAUUUCCCAUUCCACAAUCCCCCCGAAGGCCUUUUAACCCCCGAGGCCUCGCCCACCAAAAAGCCCUGUUUGAGUUUCUUCUCUCGGGAAGACGAUUCGGAAAGAGAGCGAAUGGAGAUCUCGCUCCUGGCUCAGUACAUUAGCACUUUAGCUGAAGGUUUCUGUCAUAGCCACCCACAAAACACAUCGGCUCCCCCUCGUCACGCAUCGUUUGAGGGCCCAAACUCCUCGCUGGAUCACAUUGAUGUCUUUAUGUUUGAGGAGAAAGCAUUAGAUGGCAUCCCUCUUCAAAAUCUGCCAUCCACCUCCCCCGUUCCUCCCUCGCCUUACUCAUCAGAGCCGUCCUAUGCUCAGCGCUCCCCGAGCCGCAGCUCCCCUGUCCACGCACAGGAGGAGGCGGCGACUCUGAAUGGUUUACACCACCUCUGUAGCGUCCAGUCGACGCACCGUAAUCGCAUGGCUGAGGGUGGGCUGCAGGAAGCCGAGAGAGCUGACAAGGACGAGGAGAUGAUGUCCUCCUCAGGGUCCACCACAGCUCCAGCACUUCCUGCCCUCACUUCUGCUCUGCCUUGUGCCCAGUCCCUCCUAGAGGAGCUGGUCACCAUGGAACCUGUGUUUGGGGCAGCCGCCCCGAUGACUCCUGCCGAGAGGCAACAAGAUGAGUUGUAUCAACUCCCUCAUCAAGGCGGACAACAGAUCUUCUACCAAGAUGGAACCAGUGAUCACAUGUUUUAACAUAAGUCUGUGACUUAAUCAAUGAAGUAUGGCAUAUUGUCAUCUUUUACAAAGCUAUUUUUCUGGGAUAAUGUGGUAGAUUUCAAAUCUAAGUGUGUAAAAAAGGAUUAUUUUAUGUUUAUAUUUCAAUAUCAUGAAGUCACAUGAACAUGCAUCCUAUUCAUAUUGGACUGUCACUUUGGGGAAAAGUACUUAAAGUAACAUAAAGGCAAUUGCCACUUUGUAUUCACUUAUAGUGAAGACUGUGUUUUACUGAAAAAAAAAUAUGUUUACUGUAUCUUUCCAUCGUAGAGUUCUACGGUCUAGUCAAGGAUAGAUAUCUACCUACAAUACUCUCUUUCUAUUUGUUUUUCAUUGUGUCAGUGCAUGAAAACCAUAGAAAAUACUUCAUAAUAAACAAUAUUU